AUGCACGGCGUCAAACGACAGCCCAAGACGGCCGCCACCGCCGAAGCUCGUGCUGCACGCAAAGCCAAAGAAGCAGCCAAGCUCGCUGCUUACCUCGAGGUCGAACAGACGUUUUUCGAGUACAAGCGUUCAGCGCGCAAAGAUACGACGGCGCUGCACCAUACGACGAAACUGCUCACGCUCAAUCCGGAGCUGUAUACCGUUUGGAACUAUCGUCGCCAAGUGCUAUUGCACAUGUUUGCAAGCAGCGUCGAGCAUGGUGCGCGCCAAGACGUGCAGAAGCGCGAAGUCUUUGCGAGUCUCGGCGAGCACCAAGAGCAGCAGAAGGACCAAGAGCAGCAGAAGGACGACACCCGUCAAGACAAGCUGACAGUGAAAAUGGAGAGCAAACAGCAGCUGCUGGAAGACGAUCUGGCGUUGACAGAGCAUGCGCUGCGUGCGCAUCCCAAAGUGUAUUGGAUUUGGAACCACCGAAUGUGGUGUCUUACGCAGUACCCAACAGCCACCUCUUCUUCAGCGCCAGCCUCAUCCUCGUCCUCGUCCUCGUCCACCAACGCCGAUGCCGACACUGACGCUGCUACGUGGUUAUGGGAACGUGAGCUCAAGCUGGUCGAGAAAAUGCUUGAUCUGGACGCGCGCAACUUUCACGGUUGGAACUGUCGUCGGACCAUCAUCCAACACCUGGCGCUAUGCAUCCUCUCUGCCGACGCAUCUACCUCGGAACUCGCCUGCACGCAGCCUUCAUUUCCCACGCUGCUCAGCGAGCCAGCAGUCGUCAUGCGCGCAGCUCCAGCCGUCAAGACAAAGCUCGUGUCGCUAGCCGAGAACGAGCUGGCAUAUGCGUUGCGUAAGAUCGAAAGCAACUUCUCCAACUUCUCGGCGUGGCAUCAACGCACACAGCUUCUGCCGCACGUGUGGGCGGCGAAACAGCUGAGUGUCGACCAAAUGCAUGUGUACGUGGAUGCCGAGUUUGAGCGGGUCAAACACGCCAUGUAUACGGAUCCGAGCGAUCAGAGUGUAUGGUUCUACCACCGAUGGCUGGUCGACAUAACGCUUGCCGAACAAACACCCCAACAAGACCGAGAGCAACACUGCAUAACGAGCCACAGACAGAGAAAGAUCAACGUACUGCACAGCGAGAUCGGCGUGAUCGAAGAGCUCUUCGAACUGGAACCUGACAGCAAGUGGUGUGCGAUCAGCUUGGCGCACUACAAUACGUUGCUCGCUACACUCUACCAGGGCCAAACAGACACAGAUGCCGAACACGCCAUCGCGCAACAGGCGAGCGCCAAAGCGAAGCGCCUGUUGCAGCAGCUGAUCGAAUUGGAUCCGGAUCGUGAGCACAGGUAUCGCGAUCUGCUGCAAGGUAACGCGCAUUUCUGA